AUGAAAGAUAUGAAUUCUACAAAUAAAAUUAACAUUUCAGAAUUAACAAAACUUGCAAGAAAAUUUAAUUGCUUUUAUUUAUCAGGUUUGCACCAAGGCAUAUGUAAGCCGUUUUUAGUAGCUGGACAUCAAGUUGGUCUCAUUCGCCCAGAUGUACUCAAACAUCUUCAAAGAUUCCCUGAGGUUUUUAGAAUUACAGGGAAGUUCGUCGAAUUGAACCCUGCAUUUAGAGAUUACCAAGAAAGGACAUCUAAAGUUGCUGAAGUAUUGCAAAGUUUACGUAAAGAAAACGAAAUAUGUGCCCUUAAAGGUUGGCGAGAUGAGUGUUUUGAAGUAAGUUCACCAUACCAUUAUGAAAGCUUUUUGGAGAUGGACAGAAGUGCAACAUGUCUUUUUGGUAUAAGAAACUAUGGAAUUAGUGUCAAUGGGUACUUAUUUCACCCAGUAAAAGGACUUUGUAUUUGGCUGCAACAAAGAAGCUUUACUAAGCAAACAUGGCCUGGUAAAUGGGACUGCUUUGUCAGUGGCGGGCUGGCCGUGGGUUAUGGAAAUCUUGAAACUUGCAUAAAAGAAGUCGCAGAAGAAGCAUCUGUUAUGGGAGAAUUGGCAAAGAAACUUGUUCCAGCUGGAUGUGUUAGUUUUUAUUUUGAAAGUGAAAGAGGACUGUUUCCAAACACAGAGUAUGUGUAUGAUCUUGAGCUUCCAUUGGAUUUUAUGCCAAAAAAUGCAGAUGGUGAAGUUGAAACUUUUGAACUUUUAACUGCUGAGGAGUGUGUACAAAGAGCUUUGUCGCCCCAUUUCAAAACAACAAGUGCUCCUGUCAUACUGGACUUUCUCAUUCGACGAGGAUAUAUCAAUCCAGAGAAUGAACCAAACUACAAAUCCAUAGUGGAGUUACUCCACGUGCCACUCCAGACUAUUUACAAUUGGACCGAAACCGACAUUUCUUCCAAUGGCGAUGUACAGAAU